AUUUGCUGUAAUUUACUCGUAUACUGCUUGCUUCUAAUCAGGUAGCUGAUUUUGGACUUUCAAGAGAAGAGAUGGUAGACAAACAUGCAGCAAAUAUACGAGGAACUUUUGGAUACCUUGAUCCAGAAUACAUCUCUACAAGGACCUUCGAUAAGAAAAGUGAUGUAUAUAGCUUUGGAGUGUUGCUCUUUGAACUUGUAGCUGGCAGAAAUCCUAUGCAGGGUCUCAUGGAAUAUGUUGAGCUGGCUGCGAUGAGUACCGAAGGGGAAGUCGGGUGGGAGGAAAUUGUUGAUUCCCGCUUAGAUGGAAGAUUUGAUGUGCAAGAGCUCAACGAAGUGGCAGCUCUUGCAUACAGAUGUGUCAACCGUGCUCCAAGAAAACGGCCUUCCAUGAGGGAUAUUGUGCAAGUGCUUACACGGAUCCUCAAAUUGAGGCACGUCAGGAAGCAUAGCAAGACUCCAUCUGCCACGGCAGAUGAAGUUUCAAUCGAUGUGGACCAACCAGAAACCAAGAUUCCCAUCUCUGUACACCGGAGAGACGAGUCCAUGGACAGCACAGCUGACACUGAUCUUUGAUGAAUGGUUUUCCCAUUUUUGUUUAUUUCAAAAAUACCUUGCUUUUGGUUCUGGUUUCUAUAUAAUAUACAUGCAGGUUUAAAGAAGGUAGGAGGCAAGCUGAUUUUUCUGUAGUUUUGUUGAAGGAUUGUUUGUAAUUUCCUGUAUCAUAAUUUGGCCCUCUUUUUUUAUUUUGGGUUUGUUUUUCUUCUUUGUUUUUCUGAAAUGGCAUCAUCCUGAUUUUGUAAAUUAUUCGUUCACAAAUGAAAAAUGAGCUAAACU